AUGAGCAAUCACUCCGGAACCAUACAUACCGUCCGAUUCUCGCCCAAUGGCAAAUAUCUGGCAUCUGGCGCAGAUGAUAAGAUAGUCUGUGUCUACUCGUUGGACGCGAAUCCGCCGUCUCACGCUACUACAUUCGGCUCGGAUGAGGCACCACCGGUCGAGAACUGGCGAACAAUUCGGAGAUUGAUCGGGCAUGACAACGAUGUGCAGGACUUGGGCUGGUCGUACGAUUCAUCUAUCCUGGUAUCAGUGGGAUUAGACUCCAAGGUUGUCGUUUGGUCGGGCCAUACGUUCGAGAAAUUGAAAACGCUUUCGGUGCAUCAAAGUCAUGUCAAGGGCAUUACCUUUGAUCCUGCAAACAAAUACUUUGCUACGGCUAGUGAUGAUAGGACGGUCAAAAUCUUUCGGUUCAACUCGCCAGCACCAAACUCCACCGCGCAUGACCAACUUAACAAUUUCGUCUUGGAGACUAACAUCGUCACACCAUUUCAAAGCUCGCCAUUGACGGCAUAUUUCAGGCGCUGCUCGUGGUCACCCGAUGGAUUGCAUAUUGCAGCUGCGAAUGCCGUGAAUGGGCCCGUGAGUUCGGUAGCCAUUAUCAACCGUGGAUCGUGGGAUAGUGAUAUCAACCUUAUCGGACACGAGGCGCCUGUAGAGGUAUGCGCGUUCUCUCCGAGGUUGUAUUCUGCAUAUCCCAUCAAAUCCGGCAGUGAGCAUCACAACUUGGUCACGGUUAUUGCUUGCGCUGGCGGAGACAAGUCACUCAGUGUCUGGAUUACAAGUAAUCCGCGGCCGAUAGUGGUUGCGCAGGAUAUUUCUGCGAAAUCGCUGUCGGAUCUAGCGUGGAGUCCGGAUGGGACAUGUUUGUUCGCAACCGCCUUGGAUGGAACUAUCCUCGCCGUUCGAUUUGAGCAGGCAGAGCUUGGGUAUCCCAUGUCGUUGGAGGAGAAUGAGAGGUCUUUGACGAAAUUUGGGACGAAUCGAAGAGGCGCGGGUAUAGCCGAGACCACUGAUGGUUUGCUGCUUGAGGAGAAGAGCAAGGCCGGAGAAAUAAAAGGUGUCGAAGGCCGAAUGGGCGCUUUAAUGGGUGAUGGGCAUGCAGCUGAGGGUACAAGUAAUGGAACGACGACAAUUACUUCCACCGCAGCGGUGGUCACAAAUGGAACGUCUGAGAAACAAAAGACUCAAACGAAUGGGACAGCACCGAACACUGUAUCCGAGCAGGAAAAAGAGCUGGAAAAGGAAAAGGAAAAGGAAAAGGAAAAAGAAAAAGAAAAACCUGAUCCAUACCAGGCGAAACUAGAAAGAUUAAAACAGCGUCCAACGUACACCAAAGAUGGGAAAAAGAGAAUUGCCCCUUUACUUGUGUCAAGCGCUGGUGUUUCUGAAUCAUCGUUACCGCAAUCCAGACUCGUGGCGUCUUCGACUGUGAGCCAGGUUGGAGCUGAUGCUCCUCAGUCAGUUAUUGACCUCUCAAAGCCAUUUGAUGGGCUGCCUAAAGGCGGCCUAUCGGCACUGCUCUUUGGUAACAAGCGCAAACUAGCACAAAUCGAAGGUGAUGAGGAUAAUCAGGUGGAGAAACGAGUGGCCUCUAUCAGCCAAAACGGCUCAACGCCAAUAAUGUCAAAUACAACUGCAGGACUCAUGCCGGCAUCGACACAGGCAGCGACUGCAGGCCAGCAAACUACGCCAGAAUUCAUUCGGCCGGCCGUUGUGAAUCCCUGCAUGGCUAUCAGUCAACUUAGGUUGGCGGUACCCAAAAUCAGAUCACAGAUAUUGCAGGCUCUCGACAAGAAUGGAAACCCAACAGAACCGUCUGGUGAUUCGAAACAGUCACGGAUAGACCUCGUGUUUGAAGCCCGCAAUCCACCUCCGGGCACGUUGACUGGUCGUUCCACAGAUCGUGAACCGGUGCGAAUCAGCCUGAGUCGUGGUGACCAACCACUGUGGCAAGACUUUCUCCCCAAGUCUGUGCUAUUGGCAACCGGUAAUACUGGUUUCUGGUCUGUUGCCUGCGAGGAUGGAUCAAUAUACAUAUGGACCCCUGCGGGACGCCGACUUAUUAGCACGCUGGUCCUAGAAGCCCAAGCAGUCAUUCUUGAGAGUAAAGGGCCGUGGCUCUUGUGCAUUACUGCAGUUGGAAUGUGCUAUGUGUGGAACGUCAAGACUAUUUCAUCGCCUCAUCCUCCUGUAUCUCUGCAGCCGGUCCUGGACGCUGCUACGCAUGCUCAAACCGGCCAGGCCAUCCUUGCGCCUGCCAUCACGGGGGCACGAAUCAACUCCGAAGGUCGUAUCGUAGUUGGCUUGACUAAUGGUGAGGGAUACAUCUAUUCGUCUGCGAUGUACACAUGGCAACGUGUCUCAGAGCCAUGGUGGGCUGUCGGCAGUCAGUACUGGAACACAACAGACGCCUCUGUAAGCAAUCUACAAGCUAUGGGCAGUCAAAAUGGUGAAGAGAGUAAGAAGAAGAAAAUCUCAGCGGGCAUUAUCCCAUUCCUUGAACGAAAUACCACCACUGAAACUCUCCUCCGUGGACGAGCCUAUUUCCUCCAACGCCUGAUCAAAGUUUUAUUAUCUCGAGAAGGGUACGAGAGCUUCGAGUCUAGCGUUUCCAUAGCCCACCUCGAAAACCGGAUGGCAGCCGCCCUGUCUCUGGGGGCCAAAGAGGAAUUCCGUCUCUAUUUGUCCAUGUACGCGAAACGUAUCGGAGCUGAGGGGCUGCGCGGCAAAGUGGAAGAACUUCUGAAAGCUCUCGUGGGUGGUAUUUUCGACUAUGACGAUGACGAAAGUGGUGGUAGCUCUGUUGAAGCAGCGGCACAACGAAAUCUCACAGAAGCCGAGAAAGAUGGGCGGAAUUGGUCUGAGAGCUUGGAUAGGCUUUGUGGUUGGCCGCGGGAUGUGCUACUUAAAGAAGUCAUUAUUGCUCUUGGUAAACAUCGAGAUUUGCAACGAGUCACCGUGCCCUAUGCGAAAUUACUAGGUGUUGUGGACGGAGAAGAACCUGAUUCCGAAGCCAUGGAGACAAACUGA